AUUCCUCCGACUUGACUUGGUGCUGGCCCCUUUGGUAGCCUUGAGUAGAAAUUUACGAGGGGUGCUAGCCCUUCACCAGAACCUGCCGACUAAAGAAGGCUCAAGACACAGCUAGCAAUCUGAACGCACCACAAGUUUCAGUGUAGCAAUUUUGGGAGGAAUAAGGUUUCCCAGCUGGCGGCGGACGAGGGAGGGCUGCAUACUUUGGUUUGUAGUCUAACGAGCGGCAGCGGAACUUGCGGUUAGACUCGGGCAACUUGGUUGGUCUUGUUUGCGCGUCGGACGAUGUUGGCUUCCCCGACUCCCACGAUAGCAGCCGGAACACGUGAUCGUUCUUCGACCUCCAGGGUGAGAUCAAGUGAGACUGAGGAGGAGGAGGGGAACUGGCGUGAGGGGUUCCAGCCCCGUGGUGAUAUAAAGGUCUUUUUCUCCCUUAAGUUAUUUACCUACUAACCACCAUCAUGGUCCUUAGUCCCUCUAGGUUGUUGGCGUUUGCUACCUUGCUUAGUCCAUUUGCACAGACAGUAUGGGCGCUCUGGCCCAUCCCAGCCUCUCUAGAAACUGGAACGACCGCGUUGAUGCUAUCCCCCUCUUUCUCGAUCGACGUCGCAGUCCCCAAUAACCCGUCGGAUCUCCUUCAAGCAGUUGCUCAGACUCAGUCAUACCUUCAGAACGACAAGCUUGGCCGCCUAGUCGUUGGACGUGGCGUUAGCGAUAGUUAUGCCAUUCGGAAUGCAAAGGCCCUCUUAUCCUUGAAAUUGACACUUAUGGAAGGUAGUCAAGUCGGGAGUAUCUCUUCCGAGGCGGUGAAGCCCUUGGGCACUCGCAGCGAAGAAUACACCCUUGUCGUUCCCCAAGACGGGAGCCAUGCCACCCUGACAGCGAAUUCCACGCUUGGCCUCUAUAGAGGUCUCACAACUUUUACCCAGUUGUGGUACUAUUAUGAAGGCGUGAUCUACACUCUUCUUUCCCCAAUAAAGAUUGUCGACGAACCCGCCUAUCCCUAUCGCGGUUUUGCGCUUGAUACAGCUAGGAACUACUUUCCUGUCACAGACCUAACCAGAACUUUGGACGCAAUGAGCUGGGUCAAGCUAAACAUGUUCCAUUGGCAUAUCACAGACAGUCAGAGUUUCCCUCUCCAAGUCUCCCUGUAUCCAGAACUUGCCAAUAAUGGUGCCUACUCCCCCCAAGAGGUGUACACCGAAAGUGACGUCCAGUAUAUAGUGUCAUACGCUGCUGCGCGUGGUAUUGAUGUGCUGCUAGAAAUUGAUACUCCAGGUCAUACUGCUAUCAUCGGAACUUCUUAUCCUGAUUACGUAGCUUGCUUCGAUGCGUCACCCUGGGCCACCUACGCGAACGAACCCCCCGCUGGCCAACUUCGCUUCGCAGUCCCCGAAGUGGUCAACUUUACUGCAUCUCUACUCUCCAGUGUUGCUCAAACCCUCAUGUCCAAAUACUUUAGCACCGGAGGCGACGAACUGAACACGAACUGCUACGUGAACGACUCUGUGACACAACAGCAACUGAACCAAACAGGCAUGACGCUCAACGCUGCGCUCGAUACUUUUACGCAGGCGACACAUGGGGCACUCAUCGCCCAGGGGAAGACCCCAGUGGUUUGGGAAGAGAUGGUUCUGAAUUGGAACCUGACACUAUCAAACGAAACAAUUGUAAUGGUCUGGAUCUCCUCAGCAGAUGCUGCAGCUGUAGUUGAGAAGGGAUUCCGCAUCGUGCAAGCGCCCUCCAACUACUUUUACCUAGACUGUGGUGCCGGGGGAUGGAUUGGAGACGAUCCAACUGGGAACAGCUGGUGCGAUCCAUUCAAGACUUGGUCCGAGUCCUACACGUUUGACCCCCUUGCCAACUUGACGGAGACUCAAUAUCCUCUCGUUCUUGGUGGAGAGCAACUCCUCUGGACAGAACAAUCGGGUCCUCAAAAUCUCGACUCCAUUGUAUGGCCUCGAGCUGCGUCUUCUGCUGAGAUCUUCUGGAGCGCCAAGCAGCCAGGUGGCGCUCCUCUCAACGUCUCAGAGGCACUUCCGCGUCUGCAGGACAUUCGAUACAGAAUGGUCCAACGAGGUAUCAACGCUAUACAACUCCAACCACAGUGGUGUGCUCUGCGUCCAUAUGCAUGCGACUUGGACGCAUGAAUGAGCGCCAUCCGUACAAUGGCC